UCAACAACAACAACAACAAAAAAAAAAGAGAGAUUUGCCCUAAUUUAUCAGAACAUCCUGCCCAAGAAUGAACCCUAAAAGUACAAGAGUUAAAAGAUAAGCUUUUCAUUCUUGUCCCUGUAAAUUUUAAAAACACCACCUUCACUUCAUUGGAUACAUCGAAACAACAGUUCUUCCUUGGGCUCGACACUUAACACGGCAUGAAAGUGAAAGAAGAAUAAACUAUACGAACCAAGCAAAGCGGCAAAUUAUUGGCCAAACCAUUACUCUGUAGACUAAUACUACACCCUCCAUUUCUUUCUAUAUUAUUAAAGAAAGCAUCGAACCAGGCAACUGGCCAAUCCUCGUCUCCUUCAUGGCCCCCACAUUCUCCCCAUAAAUAGUGACCUCACGACGGCCUUUCUCUUCAACCUCUUCUGCAAUCUGCACACACACACACACACACACACAGAAAGCAAAGAGUGAAACAACGGUUUUUGUUUGCACUCUCUCAUACCAUAACCUCAUAGUGUCGACAUGGGAGCUUGCCAGCAGCAAGACCUUCUGGUGAAGACCGUGUGCGACCUCUACGACCAAAUCUCUGCCCUCGACAGCCUCAAACCCUCCAAAGAUGUCGACACCCUCUUCACCCAGCUCGUCUCCACGUGCAUCCCUCCCUCCCCCAUCGACGUCAACAAACUCUGCCACAAGGUCCAGGAGAUCAGGUCCAACCUCAUCAAGCUCUGCGGACAGGCCGAAGGACACCUCGAGUCUCACUACUCUGCCAUCUUAGGCUCCCACGAGAAACCACUCCACCAUCUCGACAUCUUCCCUUACUACUCCAACUACCUCAAGCUCAGCCUCCUCGAGUUCAACCUCCUCAAGCAGCAGCAACAAUCUUCCUCAGUUCCCAAGAGGGUCGCCUUCUUGGGCUCAGGACCGCUUCCCCUGACCUCGAUCGUCCUCGCCACCAACCACCUCACCACGACCUCGUUCCACAACUACGACAUCGACGCCAGGGCCAACGAGCUGGCUCUGGCGCUGGUGUCGUCGGACCCUGACCUGUCCGUUCGGAUGUUCUUCCACACCGUGGAUGUGAUGGAGCUUGGCAGCGACGAGCUGAAGGAGUUCGAUGUGGUGUUCCUGGCGGCUUUGGUGGGGAUGGACAAGGAAAUGAAGCUGGGUGUGAUUCGCCACCUGGCCAAGCACAUGGCUCCGGGGGCGAUUCUCAUGCUGAGAAGCGCCCACGGAGCCAGGGCGUUUCUGUACCCUGUGGUGGAGCCGAGCCAUGAUCUUCAAGGGUUCGAGGUUCUGUCGGUUUACCACCCGACGGAUGAGGUGAUCAACUCGGUCGUGGUCGCCCGUAAGCAAGUGGCGCGGGCGCCUCUGGCCCCUAUGCAGCUGAUCAAUGAUAACCAUCACCAGCAGCAGCAGACUUUUAUGGUUCCUUCCUGCAAGUGUUCGGAGAUUGCAGCUUUCAAGCCGCUGGGUAACCACCAUGGUUGCAUGAUGAUCGAGGAAUUGACCAUGGAAGAGCAGCUCUCCUGAAACAUCAUCAUCUACAAAUCAUCACCAUGUCUGUGUUAAUUAUGAAAUCAUUCAUAUGCAUCUUUUUUUUUCUUCUUCUUCUUGAAAAUUUGGUUUUCCCCUUUUCAUUGUGGGAAAACAUCUUUUACUAUUACUGCUGCUGCAGCUGCUACUGCUAUACUAAGACUGCAUCUUAGUUUUAUAUGACUAUCAUGGAUGCCUAACGUGUUCCCCUCUUGCCUGUAAUAUUAUGCUAGUGUUUGUGCUGAAGUUCGUGAGAAAUAAAAAGGUCCCCAAUUUUCAACAUCUCUUUGCUGUGAAAGAGUCCUGGUCAGUAUUCUUGUUGGGUCAAUGUAGCUGGUGGUAAGAUUCGCAAGGCUUCAAACGGUUCCCUUUUCCCAAUACCCUUUGACCCUUUGCAGGGAAUAAUAAGGGUCACUUGUUGGUUGAAACUGAAGCAGGUAGCUAGGGAUGUAGAAUAGUAAUACAAGCUAUUAUCUUAUCCUGUGAGAAACCGUAUACUAUCUAUACUACCACACACCAAAAGAAGGGCCAGUCUUUUCAACUUGGACUCAGUUGAAAUGGAUAGACAUGGUUUCUGUCAACAGUUUCUUCUUUUGGCAGCAUACUACUUGGCCCAUUUUGUGGCCUCAGCUAUAGCACAGGAGUCAAGAGAAAACUGAUCCACAGGAAGAAAGAAUCAAAGGAAGGUGAAGGCCUUAUCAAAGUUGAAUUUGGAGUACAUAUGACCACAAAAGGCGGCUGCAGUCGCAGCUAAAGGAGGAAGGAAAUGAAGGCUGAGAUCUAAGCAUUCAACACACCAAAGCACAGUCCACUAGAGUAUGCUCCUUCUAACACUAUACUCUGACUAUGGAGAUAUGAUUAAUCAUCACAUUUGAUGAGAGACCACUCACGUCAAGUUUAAUCAAGGUCGUUAUGAUGGUAUCAUUAGGUUUUGGGUAACAUUAACAAUCCAGCAGCAAAGCGAACAAGAGUUUAGUCUAGUGAUUCUAUCGUUGGUCUUCAACCCGAAGUUCUAAGUUUGAAUCCCUUAAAGAACACCAAACAAUAAAAUUAAACCUACGCCAUAUAUGGUGUCGCCACAAACCCAUUACUUAAUUAAAACCCUAGCAAAAUGCGGGGACACGGGACACCCAUCAUCAUUUUCACAACCAAGCAAUUCCAGAAUUACAGAGAGAAAUCGCGACGGAGGAGAACUCACCUGGAAAUUCGAAAAAUUCACGGAGAAACGUAUUAUAUAAGUCCUCCUUGACGACAAGCCGCCCGUCGCGCCCGCCGAUUUUGUUCCGUUUCUCCGUCGACUGCGUGCGUUAGUCUCCCCUGCUGGCGCCGAUUAAAAUCCGCGAAGAUCGAUCGUAAUUGAGUCAGCUAGCACCUUCCGAUACGGCGAUCAGAAACUCCGCCGCCAUUGUGGCUUGCGCCGCCGUCGAUCGCGCGUCCGGCUACCGCAAGCAAUCAUGGAGAACCCUGACGCCGGAAUCAUCGUCGAUUGAGGUUGCCGCGGCGGCGGGAUGUCGAGUUUUGGGGAAUACGAUUUAGGGAAGAUCGAGGCGGUUGCUAUGUGGCUUUGUCUUUUCUCUGUUUUUCGUGCGAGGUGAAUCCGUCGAACUCUCGGCAGACUUCUGCACGAGGCUCGCGCACGCAAGCCGUCCGAGUGGCUAGCUUGGACGGUAUCGACGUGGAUAGAAACGGCGUCGUGUAGGGCAAAUGAGUGAGUGGGCGAGCGCGGGAAGUUCUUUACGUUCGGACGGUUAUUAAGGGGCCAGAUGACGUGGCGCGUGGAUGCUCUACUGUUCCAGCGAUUUUUUUUUACUGAUUUGACACACAAAAAAGAAAGGGAAUGAAAACAAGGAAGUGAAUAAUAAAGGGUAAGAUCGGAA